GUUUCAAUCAUUGGAAACUAAAAUGCAGGAAGCACAUGGUUUAAAAAUUAAAAAUGAUAUUUUACACUCUGACUUAAGUGAAGUAACUGAACUAAGUGAAAAACUUAAGGAGGACAUUGGCGAUUCUGUUCUAAAAUUGGAUGAUGUGAAGAGAAAACAUAUGGCUUUAGAACAUAAAUGUGAUGCCAUGUAUAUGGAAAAUGAAUAUCUUAAACAAAAAGUUGUGAAAUUGGACAUUGAAAAAAUGGCAACAUUAAAUGGUAUUGAAAAGCUUUUGGACAUAAAAUUGGCAAGAUUGGAGAAUAAUAUUAUAGGACAGAUUCAAUCCAAUUUUAUUCCAAAAGUUAUUCCCGAGGUCAAAAAUACUAAUAUCAAUAUCACCACACCUGGCACAUCUUCUCAGCAACCAACAACUUGCAAUGUUUCAUCCAGCAAUGAAAAAACAUUUGAUGUUGAGUGCAUAGAGUUAGUGAAACAGGUAAAUACUUCAUAUUUAAUAAAUAUUUAACACCACAAAACCAG